AUGACGACUGCUGGUGCCGCUAUCGGUGCCAGCCCUAUGCCAGCCGUUCCGGGAAUGUCCUCCACCGGCGAAUUCAACGAGUUCUUGGAAUACGACGAGAACAAUCCGUUCGGUGACUCGAGUCCUCUGCCGACAAAUUUCGACCUCAACGCCCACGAUACCCUCAAAAUCUCCGAUUUUCCUCAGUCGCUUCACGAAGCAAAGUCGCUCGAACCCCGAGCCACCCUGCUGGCUACCGGUACCGUCGCCGCUGGCUCGCCCGACUCCCUCAUCGACUCCUUCCGAGAUUCUUCCUCCGACUCUGCGUCCUCGAAAAGGACCGCCAGCUCCGCCUCAGGAAAGACCGCCGACGUAAUGAUGACCGAUGGAGCCGACGUCAAGCACGACUGGGACGCCUCGGCCUUUGUCGGUCGUCCAGAAGACAGUAUCUUCAUGUUCGGCGCAAAUGCCGACGCGACGCUGCCCGACGGCCUGGAUUUGAACGAUGACAAAUUUAUGGACGAGUCCUUUGACUUUGAGAGUGCUUCAAGUAGUCCCAACGCAGCCGGUGCCAUGAGCAUGGAGUCGCCAGAGAUGCCCACCAUUCACACGAAUGGACCGCCAAAAACCAUCGCUCCGGGCAAUCCCCGAAACGCAAAUCACGGCAAGCGGAACUCACCCAUGAAUGGAUUGAAGAUGACCAACUCGAGAGAAUGCUCUCCAAUGUCACAGAACAUGAUAACCAGUCAUGAGGCAUCCCCGUCAGCCUUCUUCAACAGUUCGCCCUCGCCCGGCGCACCAGAUUUCAACGCUGCCGCAAUGGGUGCUAUGAACCCUCAAGGCUUCUGGCCUGGUAAGCUGGAUCCUGCGGCGCAUCAGAUGGUUGCCAAUAUGCCUAUGCAACCGCAAUACCACCAACACGAUGGUCUUCCGGUCCCGAUGCCGCAACAAAUGCCGAUUUUUACUCAGCCGAAUUUUGAUUUCCUCAGCCGUGGUUGUCGGUUGACGAUCCACCCGACACCCUCCAAAUCGCGCGUUGAGACACAGAUUCCCAUUAAGUUGACGCUUUUCCCGCUACCUCCUGGUAUCAAGCGUCUACACCUGCCAGUGCACACCAUCUCGAAGCCAAAGCUACUAGCCAAGCCACCAGCCGAACGGACACCCGAUGUGCUGGAACUGUACACCAUGCUCGUGUGCACUAGUGCGAUGCAAAACGACGACAACAAGCGCAAGGCCUUCCAACGCGCCGCAGCCGCCACCCACAGCCCCGUCAUGAACGCCCGAUCCGUUAGCGACGAGGAUGAUGAGGAGAAUAAGCCGCAGAACGGAGGCGAAGUGCGCAUCUGCGCCGGCUGUAUCACCCGUGAGCGUAAACGAGCCGCAAGGAAGAAGAUCAAGAAGGUUGAGGAAGAGGAGAUGUGGAACCGUGACGAGACUAGGCGGGUGAUUGUCUUCAACACACAAGAAGUGAAGGAGUGGCAGACACCCAACGGCGUCGUCUCAGACUCUACAGUGACAGGACGGCCGGAGCCUGUGGCACCCCCCGGUGCCAUGCAAGUCGAUGCCCCGAUGAGAAUCGCUUGCUACUGCAGGCACCAUGCCGAGAAACUGGGAUUCCAGGUCAUCUUCACCAUUAAGGACUGGCAAGAUCGGGUUGUGGCACAGGAGAUGUCUCAAUCGAUAAUGAUCACUGACGAUCACAAGACGCACCCGAUCCCGCAACAGUUGAACCCACCUGCGACCCAAGCCCCGGAGAACAACAGCAGCAACUUGGUACCUAUGAUGAACGCUCCGAUGGAAUCCAGCCCACUCAGCAAUGGAGGAACACCCUUCCGACUGUCUCAUUCCAGCUCCGAUCUGCAAAAUAUGCACCGCAAUUCCGCUCCUCAAUUCCCAGUUGCGAACACGACCGCCAAAGCGCCAGCACCUCCAGCUUCGAGCACUACCCCUCGUUCAUUAUCGCGACCGCAGUCUCCGAACGCGCAUGGCGGACCUCAGACCAAGAAGCGCAAGGCCAGCACAGGAUCGAGAGUACCGAUAGGAAUGGCAAUGACGCGCCUGGACACGACGCCCCCGCCAACGCAGAUGCCCAAUCCAAUCCCCGCGGCUGCCUCUGCAUCGACAUCACCAUUCACGCCCAACUUGACCAGCUUCCAAACUCCUCCUGAAGCUGUGUUUGUUCAGAACGGUGCUCCACCACCCAUGCCUCAAGCAUACGCUACUGGCCCGCCUACGCCUAACAGCAACGACCAGACACUGUUCACUAAUGCCAAUCGCUCAGCCAGCAUGGACAACGUCGCCAUGCCGAUGUUCUCUGCGCCCGCAUCAGCACACCAGAGCCGCGCUGCAAGCCCCAGUGGACUGCGUAACGGUGUGAACGUGGUGUCGCAGAACCAGUUCAACACGAUGUCAUACAUGCCGACGAACGCCGUUGCUCCAGCGCGGCCACAGCCAACCAUUCACAAGAUCAUUCCCAACGAAGGUCCGAAGUCUGGUGGCAUCGAGGUUACGAUCCUCGGAGCCAGCUUCUACCAGGGUCUCGAAGUGCUGUUCGGCGACCAGAAGGCCACCACAACUACUUUCUGGGGCGAAUCAUCCCUUGUCUGUCUUCUGCCUCCCUCGCCUGUCUCUGGAGCUGUUCUUGUUACUUUCAAGCAGAGUCAAACGCAAGCUGGACCACCGUUCCCCGCUAUGUCCAAACAGAACCAAAUGUUCAAGUAUGUCGACGACGACGAAGAGAAGCUCAUUCGCACGGCUCUCUCAAUCCUGGGUCAUAAGAUGUCUGGACAGAUGGUUGAUGUCAAGGAACUUGCUCAGCGCAUUAUCGGUCAGGGUGACUCAAGCUGGGGUGCGUCUGGGCCCUCAGGUAGUGUCGGCGGCUUUGGCGGAAGCACCUUCAACAUGAGCACCGAAUCUCAACUUCUGAAGUGCUUGGAGCUCAUCGAUCUAGAUGACAACCCGAGAAUGUCGAGACUUGAUCUGAGAAGGUCCACUGGUCAAACAAUGUUGCACAUGGGCUGUGCCUUGGGAUACCAUCGCUUCAUUGCUGGACUAUUGGCACGCGGUGCUAACCCAGACUUGCGGGACAAGGGCGGCUUCACUCCCAUGCAUCUUGCAGCAAUGAACGACCAUGAGUCAAUCGUUCGCAGAUUGAUGCAGGCGGGUGCCGACCCCACGAUCCGCAGUCUUUCGGGACUUCGCCCUGCCGAUGUUGCCCGCUCACGCAAGGUCAUCGAUCACAUCCGUCGCUGCGAGCGUCACAUCCGCUCCAGGAGCGGUGGCUCGUUGCACAGCAGAGCAAGCAGUGCCGCGUCCCUGAGAUCGCUGUGGGAUCCUUUGGGCAUGUCCAGCGAGUCGGAGUCUGCAGACGACGGCGAAGAAAGCCCCGAGUACUCGUCGGGAGAUUACGAAGAUGACGAACAGGAAGAAGAAGACUCUUGGCUUGACAUGCGGCGCCGAUCCAGCAGCCAUGCGUUCACGCCGCGCCCUGACAGACAGAGCAUCCUCCAAAGGGGUCAAGACGAGAUUCAGCCCGGACUGGCGUCACCCACAACAGCCAUUGCCUCAGCCGUCAGAGACCAGUUCACCGCCCAAAUCCAACAGUUCCAGCAAGCCAUGACGAUGCACUUCCCCAACCUCCCGCAGAUGCCUGCUCUACCUAGGAUGCCAAUGCUCCCCGACUACCAUGCAUACCUCCAGCAGAAUCCUCUCAUGGGUAGGGUCACCUCGCUCAUGCCGGGCAUGUCGGGCUCACGGCCUGGAUCGGCAGACGAGGAGACACCCAGGCCCAUGGACGGAAGAUGGUGGGAUCUGUCAUCGUUCCGGAACACCAACAAUAACUCGGCACCGCCGCCGUCCUAUGACGAAAUUUUCCCGCAAGAUGAACUUGACAAGAAACAAGCCGCCGCCCUCGGAGCCGCCGCUGAGGCUGCUGCCGAUAUCAAAUGUGCGACCAUUUAUGACACGCAGACAAUCGAGGUCACGGAGGCAUCGUCAAGCACGGCGCCAGUGCCAAGCGUACUCAGAAUUGGACGCAAGAGUGCCAUUACGAAGGAACAGCAACAGAACUUCCUCCGGGCCCACGAGGCUAAAUUCAAGGGCAUGCGUAGCGACAAGAACCUGUGGUUCAUUUGGAUUCCCCUUCUUACAUGUAUUUUGGCUGCUAUGUUAUACAGCCGUUAUCCUCACUACUUUGCCGCGGCCUGGUCCAUGGUUGGAUCUAAGGUGGACCAGGUUCCGGAGAUUGUCAGGAACGUUCAGGACCGUGUUGUUGAGGUCCUGUAG